GUCGAUUUGCAUUUCCAUUUUGUUAAUUGCUGCAGUGCUGCUGCUGUUGCUGUAGCAUCUCGAGAUUUGAGCUUCACUUUCGGAAGAUUCGUCAGUUUUUGGAAAACAAAAAGGACCUCCAUGACAAGCACCCCAUAAACAGCAAAGCCCCUUCCUGAUAGCUUAGUAAGUUGUACAUCCAGCAUGAGUUUCCACGUCAUGAUCUAGGUACAUAUUAAUUUUUAUCGCACAGCUGGGCGCAGCUAAAAUUGUCGUUAUCAGUCGUCUAUCGCUUUCGUUUUUAUCUUCGCUUUUUUGGUGUAUCGUGGCACCGUCCGCUUUUCCCAGGAGUACUUUUUUCCAUUCUGAUCCGAACUUUGUAUGGCAACACCGCAGAACAGAGCUCAUUUUGUUGCGUUCUUCUUUUCUGCCAAGUCGAUUUGUGCAUGUGACUAAGUAGGCUGCAACAAAGAUAAUCCGGAAACAUGUUCACAGCCCUUCGGAAAUCGGUGAGCUCCAGCUUACCAAGCUGGAGCAAAAACAAAAAAAAGAACCCCGGCGGAGCAACGUCUGGCCAAGAAAAAGAACGGGUUUUCCAGAUUCACUUUGAGGAUCGCAGCAGCGGACAGGCAGAGAUCAUGGAGCUCGCCGUCCCCGUGCGGAACCUGAAGCAGGAGGUGAAGCUGAAAGAGAUUCGCAGACUCUGGCAGGAAGUCUACGGUUUCAAGCUCAAGGGGAAUUUCCGGCUGCAGAGCGUGACGUUCUCGUCGACCACCGCCUCUGGAUUUCGGUACGACGACGACGAAAACAACUUUUUGCAGGACGAAAGGCCAUUGCCGCCCGAAAUCACGCAUUUGUUCUUCCAGCCGGACGCCGCAGAUUUUUCCGAGGAAAAUGAGUCGGACGACGAAGAUCAGCACGACAACGACCUUUCCGAACAUGAGGCUGCUGCACAGGAGGAAGCAAUGAUCCAGCAAGCGCUACGUGCGAGUCUGCUAGAUCAAGGCGCUGGUGGAAACCAGCCAAAUCAUCCCGCUGCUGGUAGACAACAAGUGCCGCAGCCGCGCAUGCAGCUCCGUUUCUCGGUGCAAAGAAAUGCGAAGUCGUCCUCUCUAUCCAAGUUAAUAUCGAGGAAGGCAAAGUGUCGUGCUCGCGCUCAAACUAUUUUUACUUUCUGCAGAUCAUGAUGCAUGUUGCGCUUCACAAAAGGUGAUAGCUCGUUGUUAUGAUGAACGAGUAGAAAAACAAGGGGUGCACGGCUACUUAUCACGCGAAAGGGGAGAAACACGCCCCUUUUUGUAUGAGUGGUUUCUUUUUUUCGCCGAUAUCCACCUCAACAGUGUAGUGAAGGUCAGCCAUUACGCAUUGCUAAAGUAAAAAAACCAAGACUGACACUCUCCAGCAGAAGCGCUUCUUUCCUCAUCGAUACACGACUUCAUGUGCGUUUUAUUGCGAGGUGCCACCCAGCGCAACGUUUGCGGAGAUUCAAACAGAAGUAAGGAACCUCGCAGCUAUAUCGGCGUCCACUACGGGAACAAACAAUCGAGGUAUGCAGGAGCAGCAUCAGCUUGCAGCAGAGAUGCGAGAUUUUUCGGAGCAGGAGAAAAGUGACUUGUUGUUGGGGAACUUCAUCUUUUCUUACUCCGGCAGCGAGGUCGCCUGGAAUCUGAGACCCGUCGACAUUGCUUUGGCCGACGGGGAUACAGUGCUACUUUUUUUUCGCCAGAACAAUUUGAACAACUCUGCAGGCACUUACGAUGAUUUGGACAUGGUGGAUUAACUGCAUUAAAGGUGUAAAGUGAUAAUUUCGUGCACGACCUUUGCUUUUCCACGUCUUUGUCUGCUUCGUCCAUGCGGGAAAAGAAAUUGAUUGAGGCUUGUGUGCGUCCCCUUCAACGUAAAAAACUGGAACUUAAAGUUGUGUUCAACAGCAUGGGGUUUCUUGACCGUGACAUGGCGCGGUUUUAUCGGCGAUUCAUUUGUUCAACUUACUCGGUUACACCAACCUUCAUAGGUC